CAAAAGCCAUGACGCAUCAGUGUUUAGAAUGUCAAUUUCCUGCUCUACUUUUAUAUACUUUUUCAGUAGUAAAAGCACAAUUACACACACAUUAACAGCUUCCUUUAUCCAUUUUGCCCACAGUAGGCGUGACAAACGAUCGGUCAUAUGAGCGUCAGUAGCGCCAUGUCACCGGGAAACCGCUCGUGAGGAUUUCGCAAAGGGAUGGAGUGGUAUGGCACCGCCGAAGUACAUUAUAAACAGCAAGGUGCUGAAUUAGGCUAUGGUUUGCCCUGAUGCGUAACGGUAGCAGCAGCGCUUCCCAGACCAUCUCCCCCAGCCAGCUACUCCACCAACCCUUCAGCCCAGGCCCAAGCCCAGCCAUGACAGCCAAGUCAUCCCUGCUCAAGGUGAUCCUCCUGGGGGACGGCGGCGUGGGCAAGUCCUCCCUCAUGAACCGCUACGUCACCAACAAGUUUGACACGCAUCUCUUCCACACCAUUGGCGUGGAGUUCCUAAACAAGGAGCUGGAGGUGGACGGGCGCACCGUGACGCUCCAAAUCUGGGACACGGCGGGCCAGGAGCGCUUCCGCUCGCUCCGGACACCUUUCUACCGUGGUUCCGACUGUUGUCUCCUAACCUUCAGCAUGGAUGACAACCAGAGCUUCCACAAUCUCAACAACUGGAAGAAGGAGUUUGCCUACUACGCUGAUGUCAAGGAACCCGAGAAGUUCCCGUUCGUGAUCCUGGGUAAUAAGUUGGAUGUGCCAGAGAGGCAGGUUUCGGGCGAGGACGCCCGCCAGUGGUGCCGCGAGAACGGCGGCCAUCCGUACUUUGAGACGAGCGCCAAGGACUCGACCAACGUGGCGGCGGCGUUUGAGGAGGCGGUGAGGAGGGUGCUGGCGCAGGAGGAAAGGGGGGAGCACCUCAUCCCCACGGACACAGUGGACCUGCACAGGAAGCCGCGCUCUGGCGCCUCUUGCUGCUGAGGAGAUGUAGGGUUGAUUACCUUUAUUUGACUCUUAAAGGCUCAAUGCAGCUGGGCAAAAAUAGCUUUUUAGCGAAAACUAUUUCUCAAGCAAGAAUAUGGCUAAGACUGGGAAAACUAACUGUUAUUGGAAGAGAGGUUUGGAACUGUCUUUGUUAUUGGUCUAUUAACCAAUCAACCGCAUAGUGAUGUCGCCAUGGAAAGCUGAAAAUCCAGCCCAUGCAAACCUGCUGAUUUAUAAUGUUCUGUGUAGAUUGUAUUUUCAACCACCAACUAUCAGGAAAUAAACUGAUCCAAUUUUUUUAGUUUUUACAGUGUUUGUUUAAUCAGCUGUUAUACAAUAUGAAUUUUGACUGCACUGGGCCUUUUUAAAAAGACAGCAGGAGCUAAUUUGAACUUCUGCUGCCCAAUUCUGGCCAACUUGGCUGUAACUUGUGAGUACUGAUGAUACCAACGGCCACCUGGUUCCAAUUCUCCUUUUUAGCUGUGGUUAAUGCAUUCGUUCUGCUCUGUGCUCCUCCCUUGGUUUACACGACUGCAUGUGCACGCGGACACAGCCUGUUCAUACACACGGACCCACAAAGGCUAUAUAAGUUUCAUCAUACACAGGAGUGCACAUAGUUGGGCCUGCUUUUGGCAUUCCUUUGUGCUGGCGAGAGUGUGUGUGUGUUAUCAGUGACCACUACGAUCAAGAGAUUACUUUGUUGUGCAUUCCUCCUGCCAAGAGUUGCACUACUACUGUGCUGAAAGACGCAUACAGUAAUGACUAAAUAUUUACAUUUUAGUCAUAGCAGACGCUCUUAUCCAGAGCAACUAACAGUAGUGAGUGCUGUACAUUUUAUGUACUUUUUCAUACUGGUCCCCUGUGGGAAACGAACCCACAACCCUGCCGUUGCAAGCGCCAUGCUAUACUAAUUGAGUCACAUGGGAAAUAUUACAUUGUCAUCCCAUCUAUUAAAUGGGCUGAAUGUGCCAAAUUAAUAUUGUUGGUUGUUAAAUCGUAUUUUGUAGUAAUGUUAGUGGUGGUAGUCAGUACACAGGCUAACUGAACGACAGUAUGUGUUGGGGUAAAACCAGAUGGUUCUGUCCAGUCUACAUCAUAGUACAAAUGGAAAGAAGAUUCCAGUCAAACCCAUUUCUCUGAUUAUUCUCACUUCAUGGGCUGAGUUUAAACCCACUCAACCCAGCCAUGCAAAUUUUGGCUAUGUGAAUUCGAAGCCGUUCAUUGGCUGGAUCACGUACUCUAUAGUGCAGACCAAUGUUGAAUGGACUCCCAUCAACAUCCAUAAGUGUGUCCAGCAUUCAUAAUGACCGUAAGAGCUUUAACAUGUUUAAUCUCAUCCCAUUUCCAGAUCAACCGUCAAAAGCCUUUUUUAUAGCCAUGUCAAUGUGUGUUCGAUAGGAAUGUCAGCUCACUGAAGCUUGUAGAUUGUUUUUUUUAGCUACAAAAACAUUUAGCUUGAAUUUAUUUUCAUUUAUUUACAGUCACUCACUAUGCAAACUAGUGCACCCGAAGCCUCAGGAUAUAAGUGCAUUAGCUAGCCUAACUGUUCUCGGAGAGUUUGGAAAUGAAUGGCUUUUUAAUGUUAGAUUGCCUGGAACUGGACUAGCCAUUUAGGAAUGGAGCAGCAAACCCAGGGCCAUUGCGCCACAGUUUGUGAUAAGUAGGCUAUUAGCUGACUUGUGCUAACAUGAGUUCUGUGUACUGUAGCCCCAAGGAAACCAGUCGUAAAUACAUACCAGCUGUUUCUACAUUUUGCUGUAAAACAAGACCAAACAUGACACUAAAAACUGUAGGCCAAUUGUGGUUUGUUUUUAUGUAAAAAAAAUAAUAUGUAUAUAUAUAGUUGGUAAUUUGACAAAAGACAGUGAUGUCACCAGUAUUCAAAUGCGAACCAGUAAUUUCUACAGCAGGGUUCCCCAACUGGCAGCAUGCGGCACACCAAGUUUUAUGAGCAUAUACAGUACCAGUCAAACGUUUGGACACACCUACUCAUUCAAGGGUUUUUCUUUAUUUUUUACUAUUUUCUACAUUGUAGAAUAAUAGUGAAGACAUCUAAACUAUGAAAUAACACAUAUGGAAUCAUGUAGUAACCAAAAAAGUGUAGAUUUUACAUUCUUCAAAGUAGCCACCCUUUGCCUGGAUAACAACUUUGGACACUCUUGGCAUUCUCUCAACCACCUUCACCUGGAAUGCUUUUCCAACAGUCUUGAAGGAGUUCCCACAUACGCUGAGAACUUGUUGACUGCUUUUCCUCCGUCUCAAUUGGGUUGAGGUUGGGUGACUGUGGAAGCCAGGUCAUCUGAUGCAGCACUCCAUCACUCUCCUUCUUGGUCAAGUAGCCCUUUACACAGCCUGGAAGUGUGUUGGGUCAUUGUCCUGUUGAAAAACAAAUGAUUGUCCCACUAAGCACAACCAGAUGGAAUGGUGUAUCGGUGCAGAAUGCUGUGGUAGCCAUGCUGGUUAAGUGUGCCUUGAAUUCUAAAUAAAUCACAGUGUCACCAGCUAAGCACCAUCACACCUCCUCCAUGCUUCACGGUGGGAACCACACAUGUGGACAUCAUUCGUUCACCUUCUCUACGUUUCACGAAGACACGGUGGUUGGAACCAAAAAUCUAAAAUUUGGACUCAUCAGACAUAUUUCCACCGGUCUAAUGUCCAUUGCUCGUGUUUCUUGGCCCAUGCAAGUCUCUUAUUGUCCUUUAGUAGUGGUUUCUUUACAGCAGUUUGACCAUGAAGGCUUGAUUAACACAGUCUCCUCUGAACAGCUGAUGUUGAGAUGUCUAUUAUUUGAACUCUGUGAAACAUUUAUUUGCGCUGCAAUUUCUGAGGCUGGUAACUCUAAUGAACUUAUCCUCUGAAGCAGAGGUAACUCUGAGUCUUCCUUUCCUGUGGCGGUCCUCAUGAAAGCCAGUUUCAUCAUAGCGCUUGAUGGUUUUUGCGACUGCACUUGCAGAAACUUUAAAAGUUCUUGAAAUUUUACGGAUUGACUAACCUUCAUGUCUUAAAGUAAUGAUGUACUGUAAUUUCUCUUUGCUUAUUUGAGCUGUUCUUUCCACAAUAUGGACUUGGUCUUUUACCAAAUAGGAUAUCUUAUGUAUACCCACCUCUACCUUGUCACAACACAACUGAUUGGCUCAAACAUAUUAAGAAGGAAAUAAAUUCCACAAAUUAACUUAACAAGCCACACCUGUUCAUUGAAAUGCAUCCCAGGUGACUACCUCAUGAAGCUGGUUGAGAGAAUGCCAAGAGUGUGCAAAGCUGUCAAGGCAAAGGGUGGCUACUUUGAAGAAUCUGACAUAUUAAAUAUAUUCUGAUUUGUUUAACACUUUUUUGGUUACUACAUGAUUCCAUCUGUUAUUUCAUAGUUUUGAUGUCUUCACUAUUAUUCUACAAUGUAGAACAUUUUUUAAAUAAAGAAAAACCUUUGAAUGAGUAGGUGUGUCCAAACUUUUGACUGGUACUAAUAUAUAUAUAUAUAUAUAUAUAUAUAUAAAAAAAUUGUUGGACAUAAGACUGUAAAAACACUGGCAAGUGUGUGAUUUUUUUUAUUUGGAAAUCUGUUCCAAAGUAUUCCCACGCAUUAUAGAAAGAUACAUGUGAUCGUAUACAAAUUUAAGCAAGGUUUGAAAUUAUUGUUUUAGUCAUAUUUGAUCUUUGGGCUUCUUGUGGUCAAUUUGCAGUCUAAAAAUAAUUGACCAUCCACUCAAGAAAGAAAAUGUUCCUGUAUAUUAAUGUCUUGCAUUAAAACAUGAACCACCCUGAAACACUAUCAAUACGGUCUUAAAAUGUAUGUUUUUGUGUGUUGAAAUAAAGUUGGCCAUUUUAAACCUA